CACUGUUUUUCGUUCUUAAUUUUUAAGUAAAGUUAGUAAAAACAAUAGAUACUUAAAUCUUCAUUAAAUUUUAUUUUCUUUUGUUAAUCUUUUGACGUCUGUAGUAAUUAAAUACAACAAUGGGACACAGGAAGUUCACAUGAGUUUAUUAAAUUUCGCAAACAAGACAUGAACUCUUUUGUUUUCAACAUGCAAAAAUAGCUCAUGUAUUUAACAAUAGGUUAGCAAAACAACGAAAGUUCUGAUGCUACCGAAACCCUGUGCAAAGGUGAUAACUAUCGUGUACAUGUAAAGUUACAUUCGAGCGGUAAUGUAUUGGUGUUAUCAUUACAGUAUACUUGCCAUUAUGUUUUUAGUCAAAGUUAUGUGGAGAACUUUUGGGAUAGAAGCCUCGAUGCAUUGUUGUAAUAAACUGUUAAUAAACUCUCUUGAUCCCUUGUUAGUGGUUAUUUUCAGCCAAUAUAGAAAUAGUCCAUAUAACUGAUUGCAAAGGGAAAGGCAAGUAAGGCAAAGAUCAAGUGGUUAUUAUCAUUUGGCACAUCUACUCAUCACUAUAAUUAACUUCUGGCUGAAAUUAACUGAUAGGCUAUGAUGUAACUUAUUCAAUCAAAAAGGAAAAUAGAAAAAAAGAAGUUCUUUUCCAGAAAGCAAAUGUACACAUAACAAAAUAGAUCCACCCCUAACCUUGUUGGUUUUUGUUUGUUAUUACAUGACCCCUCCUCCCCAGUAUUUUAUAAAUCCCCCAAAUUUAAUCCCCCAAAUUUAUGCUUUGUAUGUUAAAAAAAAUUAUACUUAUUAUAUUCAGAGUAUAAUUUACAAAUUAAAAUGUUUCAGAGUAAAUAAUGAAAUGAUAACUGAUUUGGCAGACGACUUAAAAAAGUUUUUCAAGGAAGAAAAGCUGAGUGAUAGAAUUUUGAGAAUUGUGGAAAUAGAUGAGAAUUUUUGUCAUAGUCAGAAACGAAAGCAUGCUACAGGAUCUGUUGAUCAACAAUGUUGCAAAAGGCUCAAACGAAGCUUUGAAAGUAUUCUAAAAGAAACUGAUGCAGCAGAAACCGAAGCUUCAUUAUCAUUAAUUCAGAGAGUUGUAAAAGAAAAUCAGUCCACUGUGUGUGUUUCAUCUUGCAAUAGGAAAAACGAGGAACUCUGUGACAAUGAUAAAAACUUAUGUCAUCAAGAAUCUGCUGUUGGGGUAACAAAUCAGUCUAUUGCUAAACAAAAUGUUAGUAAUACUAACCUGACGGAAUCAAAUGAACUGAAUAAUGUUGCAUGUUCGGAAAAUGCAAUUGUAAAUGAAGAUGAAGUUUGUCAUGCUGAAUUUCCUAUUCAUUCUAUUGUGCUUUGCAUCAAUAGUCAGUAUUUCAAAACGCUUCUUGUUGAUUCUGGAAUGAAGGAAAACACUAUGCCAACUGUCAGCGUAAAAGUAUCACAAGGAAAAGGGAGAUAUCUUGAGAUGUUAAUUGAGGCUUUUUACAAUAAGGAAGUUUUAAAAAAUGCUUCACUGGCAGAUCUAUUGAACAUAUUAGACAUUGCUGCAAGAUUUUCCUGUCUUAGUUUUAUUAAAUAUGGCUUGGAAACUUUAAAUGAAAAAAGUAUUAGUACAGUUGAUGAAUGUGAUGCCAUCCUGCAACAUAUCUCAAAAAUAUUUGAAGUUUUUAAUGAUGAGUGCAAAUACCAAUGUAUAAAGGAAACCUGUGUAAAGUUUCUGACGAAAACGUUUUUUCCAUUGGAAUUUAAACUUGCUGAACAGGACCUUUUCAAGAGGUUAAACUAUGCUACUGUGGUCUAUUUAUUGACUUCAAGCCAUGCCUUUACGUUAUCAGAAAACAAUACUUUUGUUUUUAUUUACCUUUGGUUAUUGCAUAAUAAGAAUUACCAAACUUCAGAUAUUAUUGAAGUACUUAUCACCAGUAUUCAUUAUGAAAGCCUCAGCAGUUUAUUUCUUUGUGAUCAGCUGUCUAAUUCAGAUCAAAUCCUAUCGAAAUGGACAGGAUAUUCUACAUGGUUAAUAAAUGUAUUGAAGUAUCAUUCGUUAACACCUGCUGCUAGGAGUUUAAGGGGAAUUAAAGGUAGCCCAACUCUAAUAAGAUUGGUAAAGUCUAUGAACAAUGCUCUUUCGAUACAAAAGCAUUUUGUGUACGAUCAAGAGAACUUUGGAUUUUGUGACAGGUCAAAUAAUUUCCUGGUUUGGAAUGGUCUUCAACUAAGCCCUGUACUUUCGCUAAAAUGCUUUGAAAACAAUAACUUUAUUCGAUUAAAGUUUUUUUCUGUAAAUGUAUUUUCACCAACUGAACAAGAAUUAAACUUUUACCACAAAUUUGAUAUAUAUUACUCUCUACUACCCGGAAACAUCAAUUUUAAAAACUCAAUGUUAGAUGACAAAAGAUUUGUGCAACGCUUUGUCAGGAAAGGAGAGGUACAAUUUAAGUCCAAGUGUACACAUAGUUUUCAUGCCAUCGCAAGAAUUGAAGAAGAUUUUAUGGCAUCUAUAGAACAUUAUGGACUAAACUUGGUUUUAUUUUUCAAAACAUCAACAUUUUCGUGGAAUAAGCUGGAAAUCUGCCACGUGAAGCCAUCGAAAAAACUAAUUUAUUUAAAGGAACUCAGCGAGAGUUCAUAGAUUUAUUUGCCAAAAAUUUACGAUGUGGUAAAUUAUUUAUUUAUUUUUUUAGUUGAGAAUUUAUUUUUUUGUAUCGCUUGUAAUACAAGUUUUAAAUUUGUUAUUAUUUUGAGUUAUUUCAUAUCUGUAAAUCAGUUAUUUUGUGUUAGACUUUUUAUCUAAAUUCGCCAUUAAAAUGCUAUUGAAUUGGUACACCAUGGUAUAAUUUGUUAAUUUUGUAAAAAGCAUCAGAAAAAACUAAAACCUUAAGGAACUAAUAUUUAUUUUUAGAUAUAUAUUUUAUUUAAUAUUUUUCAGAAAUUUAGUUUAAGUUUCAGAUAUUUAGUUUAAGUUUGAAAUAAGAAGUAUUUGUUUUGAAAAUAAUUUAUAAAAAAUAUUUGGUUAACAUGUAUUUAAAUAUAUAAAAAAUAAAAAAAUAUUAAUAGUUUAUACCAGAAACAA